AUGGCGUCUCGAUCUAUCUGGCAACGUGCCCUUAUUCUCAUUAUUGCACUCAUUAGUCCCGUCGCCCACGCACAGCUGAGUUGGCUGGUCCAUGAUCCCUUCUCUGGAGGCGGGGGCCCGGCAUUUAAUCCUCGAUCCUGCGUCUGGGUGGCUACCCAGGCCUUUGCAGGUUGGGGCAGCAGGAAGGUCACCGUCACGGCGCACAACUACAUCCGAUGGUGA